AUGGGCGAGUCACGGGACAUCGCAUUUCGGCGUUUUCAAGGCACGGAACGCAGAUUGGCGAGGGAUGCCGAUCUGAAGGAGCAAUAUCAUCAGUUCAUGACGGAGUACGUGAAAUUAGGGUACAUGACCAAGGUAGAGGAGUUUGGAGAACCAAGGAAACGAUGUUAUUUGCCACACCACCCAGUGAUUAAGAAAGCUAGUACCACCACAAAAUUGCGAGUGGUAUUUGACGCCUCAUGCAAGACGUCGACAGGAAUUUCACUCAACGAUUCGUUGCUGGUUGGCCCAAUCGUCCAAGAAGAUCUGCGAUCUACAUUAUCGAACGUCUACUGUAUCAUGCUCCGGAGUCGAAUGAAACAGAUAAUGUUGGUGGCCGACGUAGAAAAGAUGUUCCGGCAAAUUUUUAUUUUGCCGGAGGACCGGCAUUUGCAAUGUAUUCUAUGGCGAUUCGACCUAGCUGAUACGGUGGACGUUUAUGAGCUUAACACAGUCACGUACGGGACGAAACCGGCGCCUUUCUUAGCAACACGUACGUUAAACCAAUUGGCCAUGGAUGAAGAACAAAAAUAUCCGCUCGCUGCGAAGGCUGCCACCGAAGACACCUAUAUGGAUGACGUCAUAACGGGAGCUGAUACGGUUCAAGUAGCCUGCGAACUUCGUGUACAACUGGAGGAAAUUACUACGAAGGGAGGAUUUAGACUCAGGAAAUGGGCGUCUAAUAACCCGGCGGUUUUGGAAGGAAUUUCAGAGGAUGAUUUGGCUAUUCGUUUACCGGAAGGCAUCAAUUUGGAUCCGGAUUCGACCGUUAAAACUCUUGGUUUGACGUGGAUGCCGAACACGGAACAGCUUCGGUUUAACUUCGAUUUUCCAUCGUGUCCAUCUUUUCAACAACUAUCCAAGCGGCAAGUUUUAUCGAUGAUUGCAACACUCUUUGAUCCGUUGGGACUCCUGGGCGCAGUCAUUACCACAGCAAAGACAAUCAUGCAGUAUCUGUGGAAAUUCAGGAACGAAAAGGAUCAGGCGUUGGACUGGGACCAGCCCUUACCAUCAACGGUGGGUGAGAUGUGGAAGGCUUAUUAUGACCAAUGUGCGGUGCACAAUGUGGGCAGAUCCGGACGGGGAACGGAACCAGAGAAGGGCAGCCGAAAUUUGCCACUGGCUAACACCAACAGGCCAGGAAAGUUCAGUUGA